AUGAAUCUCAUCCAGUGUUUACCCGCCGAAACCCUCUCUGAUAUCUUCUCGCACUGCACGGUUGACAUUGGCUUCGACCCGGGGUAUCCAUUCGAAUCCUACGACAUCAUCCUCAACCAAGCGCCUCACUCCCUCACUCGUGUCUCCUCCCGCUGGCGCUCCAUAACACUGACGUCUCCGCGAGCUUGGACAUCGCUCAGCCUUCCUCAGCUACCGAGAACACCCGAGGCCAUCGAGCUCUUUUUUACAGAGCUUCAGACUUGGUUGAAGCGAUCAGGGGUGCUCCCUUUGUCUUUCAGAGUGUAUAUUAGCGCCUACUUCCUAGGGUCGACGAAACAGACAUCCCUCGCACAGUCAAGGCCAUACAUCGAACGUUACAUGCACAUCCUCGCAGAGCAUUCUAGCCGUUGGCUCGAUGUGUGCACGAACCUCAGCUAUACGCGGGUGUUGCCGGACAUCCAUCCUUUCCCAGACCUAUCCUCGACCCCUCUACUUCGAAGUUUUGCCAUGUAUGCUCCUUUGAUGCAACCACGCCGUCGAGGCAACGACAACCAAGUCAUAAUAUCCCGCUUCAAUCGCAAAAAUGCGCCACAUCUUUGUCGAGUCUAUCUCGACCAUCUGCUGCUCUCGCAAUGGGUAUUACCAUGGACACACCUCAGGAAACUCCAUAUGCACACCCAAGCCUGGGGAGACGAUUUCGAUGCAGAGGUCCUCAUGCGCAAUCUGAAGAAGUGUGCGCGUCUCGAGGAACUCAGCAUUGAUUUCGUCUCUGUCAAAGGUCCCCCGCGCCACUCGCGCGGUCGCAGAUCGGUCGUUUUGCCGUCUUUGCGAAGGUUGGAGGCGAACUUGGGCCACUCGAAAGACAGGAUGUUCCAUUACUUUUUCGACACACUAGAGACUCCUCGUCUCGAACAUCUCAUUUUAACCAGCGGCGAUCAUUUGAACUUUAACUUCAGGUUUUCACCAAUCAGUUCGCGGACGUAUCUACCCGGAGAGGUGCCUGCCGCGUUCGUGAAGUUUGUGGGACAUUGCGAGGAGGCGUUAAAGGAACUAGAAUUGGCAGACGAUGUCAAGAUGGAAGUGUUGGUGAUGGUGCUAGAGAAGCUGAAGAACUUGGAGGUCCUGAACAUUUCGAGUCAUACAUUGGCACUUCGCGUCUUCGAGUACUUGAUAUCACCAUCAUCCAACGAGUCCACGUCGAGCCUACAACUACAAUCUCACCUCGGAUCUGGACCAGGCUUUGUGCCUGCGCUCAAAGAACUCCAAUUGCAAGGCUACAUCCUCGCAUCUGAUUGGGAUGCCCCCGAUCGUCCGAGAGAAUCUUCUUUCGCCAAUUAUCUGGCGCGGUUGGUUGAGUCGAGGGCAGUUUCUCGCUCCUCCUUGGAGCUGCCGCAGGCGUUUAAGAUCAGGCUGUGGCGGAGCUUGCUGGAGAGGAUGAGAGAGGGUGAUCCAGAGGCAUACGAUAGGCUAGAGGUUUUGCAGAGCGAAGGGAAGUUGCGUCUUGAGUCAAUCGAUGCCUAA